ACUAAACCUCUUUUCUCUCGUACGGCAAUGGUAUCUGCUGAGCCUUUCGAGCAUCUCGCGAAUCGUCCUCCUACUCCUCCCACAGACGUCGACCACGAAAUAAACCAAGCCAUUAGUCUUCUGGACGUCGACUUCGAAGCCGAGCCUGAACAAGUACGACCAACCUGCUCUCGUACGGGCACUCCGGUCCAGCCAUCUCCGCCUUCAUCAANNCAGGGAGGAGGCUCGCAGCACAAGUCCAGCAAGCGAGUCGAGUUCUCACCAUGCGUCACUGCUCAUGAUCCUACACCCUUCUAUCCCACUUCAGCAGGUGCUGCCAGUCCACUCCCUCGUCGAUUCCCAUCGAGCAAGCAGCCCAGACCUGUCAGAUCAAUUCUGAAAGCCAGCCUUGACCUGCAAACCCCUACACCCGACGCUGCAUCGCCCGCCGCCGACUACUUCUCUAUCUCCGACCCCAAGACCUUCCCCGUCAUGCUCGACUCGGUCCUCAAAUUCCUCGAUGCUCCUUCAACGGCACUGCGCUUGGACGGAUACAGUACUCUCAAUGGUGCUCUCAAGGCCUACGACGAUCUGCCCGACGUCGACGCAAUGCGUUCUAAGAUGCCUAUGCUCGUCAAAUACAUGUCUCGAGAUAUUCUCGAAUCGACCCGCAAAUCAGAUCCAAUGACAUCAAGUCUAACCACACAAGCCCUGAAGCUUACAACUGCGAUUCUCAUGAUGCCUGCUCUUGCCGACGCUCUGGAUGAGCAAUUUGAGAUUCUGCUUGUCGAUCGUGCUAUUGAGAUUCUGGAACAAGACCCUGUGCCAAAAUCUAUCGCCAACCAUCACAUGUUCCUUCUCGCAACUCAACGCUUCCCGUCAAGAGUCAUGACCUCAACCAAGGUAGAGCGUAUUGUCUCUUCCCUCACCACAAUCCACGAGCGUGUCAGCGGCAACAGUGUCAUAGCAUCUCGCUUGGUCAUCUUCCAGCGUCUGAUGGAUCAAGCCNCCACUACCAUGCUUGCUAGUAUGCGUGACUGGAUGCCUCACAUUUUCCACGGUGUUCUGAGUAGCAUCAAAGACGUUCGAGUGCGCGCCAUCGAAACAGGAAUGCAAGCCGCCAUGAUGUAUGGAACAAGCUAUUCGUCGACAAAAGUCAUCAUUGAUCUAUUCCACACAGUCACUGCUGAAGGCAACACUUACGGUGCUUACUUCACUGCCCGUCUUUUCGACAUGUCCAAACCAAGAGAGAGUGGUGAGAACACAGAUCUUGAGGAGGCCGUUCCACAGAUUUGGUCGAUGGUGGUACUUUUCUUCCGAAGCAAANAAGUCAAGCUAUCACAAUGGCGAUUGUUCUGCGAAGAGUGGUUCCUCUUGAUUCAAAACUGCCUCAACAGCAAGAAUAUUACCGUCAAGUUUAGAGCCACAUGCGCUUGGAAUCGUCUAGUCUAUGUCGCCAAUCCAGAUCGCGAGAUGUUGGAGAAGAUGGAAGGAUGGGAUCAUACGCUUCGAGUUCCUUUCGUACAUAUUCUUCACACUAACAAGGGUCGAGACAAGAAGAGUAAGGAGGUCCGUCACAUCGCACUUUCUGGAUAUUGCAACUUGUUACAUUACGCCCUGCGACCUUCUCAGCCUUGGCAAGAUCUCGACUACUUCUGGGAUGUCUAUGUCAAGGAAGUCCUUCUAAAGUUACUCCUCGCUGGUGGACGAGAUGCCAGCCUAGCCUGUCGAGUGCUCAAGGCGCUUUUCGACGGCAAGUCGACCGUCUGGGACGAGGAGGUAGCAAGCAAAGCCCCGAUACUUCCGGAGGCUUUGCCUCGACUGGACUCUAAGUGGGUGCGUUCCAGAGCUCAGAAGAUCCUUGAAUUGCUGGGCCCUUUCCUCGAGCUGUCCUUGGCUCAAUCAGGUGACGGUCGUGGUAUAGAUGGAACACCCUGGCGUGAGUUUUUGACUGCCAUUGCCAGUGCUGGCAGUCACGAGGUAUUGAGGUCCCAAGAGCUCAAGGAGUGCUUAGCUCAGCUGAUGAAUCUUNUUGGUCGUCUUUGGGCAAAGGCUCCGAAGAGUGUGGAUCAUCUGGAAACUCCUUGGAUAUCACGCUUCACGGCCCUUGUCCAAUGCUCUGUCGACAUCAUCCGUCCCUUGCCAUUCAGCGAAGAGAAUUUGGCUCGUAGUGAGUCCAAGACUUUCGAGGCUGCACCGACUCCGUCGAAUCGUACGUCGAAACACCAUACGAGACUGCAGUCACCUGCUGUCUUUUUGUUCGAUUUAUUUGCUCAGCCGCCGCCCGCAAUCAGCACAGACGUAGCCUACUCUGAUGCUGCGAGGGAAUUGCUCCACCACAUCUGUCAGGGUAAAAACUCGCGCAAGGAACGGCUGGAGCUCAUACGCAAAUGUUCACAAUCAAGUUUGGCGUCGACGUCAGUGUUGUUGUGGACAGCGGCAGUACAAGAAACCACUGAAGUUCUUCUUGAUUCUAGUCUCAAUGAACCUGUUCAGGAACCAGCUCGCCUUGGAUAUCAAGCUCGGCAUGCUAUUUCAAUACUGGCGUCAGGUCUCCAUCAUCAACAUGAAGGUCAUGAUGCUUUACCUGCUGCUUUCGAACUUGUGGGUGUACUGGCAAGGAUUCUUAAACAAGAAGCUGGUGAAGGCGGUGUGGUUCUUGGUCUCAUGGAGCCUUUGGCCGAAUCGCUGUUACAGCACAAAGAUGAAAUGACCUCGAAAUCUGUAUUUGUCCAGUUCACUGGAAAGUUGCUUCGAGUGGGAGCAUUCCCUCGUAACAAACAUCAGAUGGACGAAGCACGCAGAUCUCUUUGGAACACACACCCUCCGCUUUCGAAGCAGUCGAGCUUUGAGCCAUUCAACCACGUAUAUGAGCUCGCAAAUUCAGCUCUGAUGGUCUCAUAUGAUAGCUUUGAGCAGGUCGCCCAGUAUCUAGCAGAACUGAUUGGAGCGGUUCAAGACUUCCUGUCGAGAUGUCCUCUAUCUCUGUUUGCGUCACCUGCACUACGCAAGGUGCAACAAGGAUUGUCCUUGGUGGUCAAGGAUGAGGGUCGCGUGAUUGCAGGUAGCAAGGAGACUCAGGAAGUGUUCUCCAAACUGAAGAGCCUACCAUCCAACAAGACACUGUUGAAAGGUUUGGAUCAAUUAUUCGCAGCUGGCUUGAACAGCACGCAUCGAGACAUCAUCAACCUCACCGUGUCUUUCUGGAACACUACCUUUGGUCAGCUCGAUUCACUUGAAUAUCCCAGCCAGGUUGNNGAGCAAGCGAUGAGGCGACUUCGGCCGCUCGUUGAACUGGACCUGCCUGGGUUCCCAGAGAACGAUGAAGCAUCGGCUCCAUCACCUCUGCGCGACUUGAUCGAGUCUCAGCAAGACGCGAAUAUUCAGGAAACCNCCUCGCCUACUAAGCAGCAACCCAUCAGGAGAUCCAAGAGAACGAGUGUGCUGAGUCGUGCCAUCUCCUCUAGUCCACAAAGGGCGGAGCCCACUGCAAGAAGGCUACCUGCUCCCAAAGGAGCACCAAAAUCGAAACUACGACACAAUGAUUCUCAAGUUGAGUUCACAGCUGUCGAGAGCUCGUCACCAGUUGCAAUGGAGUCUCAGCUUCUCACUGAACAUCAGAGAGAGGUUAGAUCCCGACAGCAGUUCGAAACGGCGCCACUAUAUCCUGAAUUCUCGUCAAGCCCAGGACCACGAAGGAGAGCUUCGAAGUCGGGAUUGCCGCUACUGGAUUUCUCUGGCCAGCAAGCCCCCACGGAGAACGGAUAUGCUACACCCACGCUGAAUGAUGAGCACGGGCCGAUGGACGAGUACAUCACCUCUUCACCUACACCAAAGGCAGCUGAGAAGUUGCAACCCGCUGCCGCGCAGACCCCAGAUUUAGAUGAUUCAGCUGCUGAAGCCGAGGAUGACAACAUUCCAUCUUCGCCACCUGAGAUGGCAGACGAAGAGAUGGCAGACGAAGAUAUGGCCGAUGAAACCGUGUACGAGGGCACAACCGAGAUCGAGAACUUGCAGUCUGCCGAACAACAGGGAACAAGCGACGCUCGGUUUGAUACUGUUCCUGAGGAUUUCUCUACAAUUGUGCCCAUAGAACAAUCGAGAAUCGAUGGCGCAAAAGUACUGCCAGCAGAGGUACCUACUGUCGAGCAAGCGGCACACCUGCAUGUUCACGCGCAUCCUUCGGUUAAGCGUCUUAACCAGAACUCCGAAGGUGGUAUCUCAUCAGAUGUCUUCACUGACGCUCGCUCGGAACUCAACAAUGAAAACUCAACCGUGGACGAUGAGAAGACCAACAGCCGGAUUGCUGGGGAAGAGUUGGGAGACCAGGAUGCCAUCGAAUCCGAUGAUUCUUCUCCCAUACCCUUCGCAGAUAGUCUCAUAGAACAGCCUCAAGAGGAAACUGAGAACUCUGCACACCUCUCUGCGCCCGAGGCUGCUGUCACAACUGGCGAUGUCAGCAGAAUCUUGGACUCCUUCGUAGGAAGCACACCCGAUGGAGAUGAUACAGCUUCAGCCCAAGAGAUGCAAACAGAUCGUACUGCACAGCCAAAUCUUGCUUCUUCGGCGUCCAAGCGAAAGCGAGAAGAACCACAAGAAGCACAAGUUUCAGCUAAACGCCGUAAAUCUUCUGCAUCACCAUUCAGACGCAUGGUCACAAGAGCGCUUUCUUACGUCACCGGUAGUCAAGCGGAGAAGGAAGACGAUGAUGAUGAAGAUGAAGAUGUGCAAGACUGUAUCGUGGUCGGGAGUCAAAGGGAUCAAGAAGACGAAUCUCAGUCGGAAUCUGCAGAGGACUCUCAAAUCCCAGAAACGACUCCAGCAAGUGUUGCUCCAGCUACUGUCAAACGUGGACGUGGAAGACCUCGAAAAUCAACGACACCUGUGUCGGCUCCGGUUUCAUCGGUCAGAACUCGAGCUUCGAAGCGUCGUGCGUCGACAGUCGAAGGAGACGAGAACGAGGAAUCUUUGGUCAUCGAUACGCCUGCACCUACCAAGGCCCGGAGAAUCACCCGAAGUCAAGAUGCAAAAACAGGCCAGUCAAUCGAACAUGUCAUGCUUUCACCUACGCACCGUCGCCGAGGUCGCGAACUUGAAGCUGUUCUUGUCAGCCCAAGGCCAUCUGGCGGCUCUUCGCUGGUGGAAGAGUCAUUGGUCGAUGACGCAAUGAUUGAUGAGCAGGAAGAGGAUGGAAAGGAUGACGACCAAGAAGCAGACUCGCAGCUGAAGCAUGAAGCGGAACAGGCCAUCAACGAACAGCCACCAACCCAGUCCCACUGGGUGAUUGCAAGGAUACAAGAUCUCAUCAUCAACUGCAAAACCAUGGUCAUUGGGGCACAGGAAGAGAGAGAUAUACGAAAUGCUCUGCAUGAUUUAGGGCAAAUGGUUUUUGAGGCCCGUAAUCGAUCAGGGCAAUAG